AUGAAUACUACUUUAACAGGAUUAUCGCAAACUUCCUUCUUGAAGAUAAAUGGUCAUCCCUCGAAUAAGAAGUCUCUGCUAUUCGCAGCGGAUGAAUAUUAGAUCAUGAAAAAGAAGAUAAAGAAGACUGCCAGUCUAGUUGCUCUGCAUUAAAAGGACACUCUUAAUGUGGACCCAGAUGAGUUAUCCAACCGCAAGGUGUUUCAUGUCCUGGAAAAGUUCAAGCAAAUUGAGGUCGACAACAAGAGAUUUCUGUCUAAGAUCAAUAAAAUCAUUGAUAAUACAGAUGCCUCAAAGGAUAUCGUUAAGAAGUUCACAUAACUAGAAAAGUUCAAAAGAGCAGCCUCGCAGAGAUAGUUUCACUGCAGACAGACUAAGUUGCAAGAAAUCGAUCAAGAAAAUAAGAGGCUAAAAGAAAGACUGAGAGCUUAGAAAUCAUAGUAUGUUUUAAACAGUACCCGAGGAAUGAAUGAGUCUACAAUGAUGUACAAGUUGCCAGCCAUUUCUUAAAGAGAUAUGACUCCAAGGAUAAUGCUGCUAUCCAGAGAUAAGGACUACGAGUCUGGUAAGUUCAUUGAGAAAUAGGCUUCCAAAUUGCUGAUUGAAAACAGACAAGUCAUAUUCAAGAAGACCGUAGAAAUCCCAAUAGUCAGAGUGAGCCAAAAAUGCGUGAAGCAAGACUAUGCUCAUUUCAUAAUUGAAGUGUCAAGUUCUAAUGUCUCGAAAGUUAUUUUCGUAGCUGCUUUUGAUAUUUUAUCCUAAUUAAACUUCCUAAUGUAACUCAAGGAUGAUAACUUCAAGAUUUACCUUAGCAUCCUCGGGUCCAUUGAUGCAUUUGUUGAUCAGCUAUUUAUAAAGAAUGAUCAGCUUAAGUUGAAGAAGAUUAAGAGGAACAAAGGAUAAACUAACUCGAUCUAAACAGCUAUCAAUACCAUUCAAGAGUCUUAAGCCAGUCUCGAGAACUCAUUUCAGAGCAAAUUUAACUGA